GCCGCCCUGGUUACCGUUGGUGUUUGAGAAUUCUCUGAAGCGCCUUCUUCGCCUCAGACCUGCGCCGCCGGCCUCCAGCGACUGUUUCACACGCGCACGCUCGCGUCACGUGGGCCGAGGCUCCUCGCGAUCUCUGGCGGGCAGCUGAGCCGGGAGGAAGGCGCUGCGGCCACAGCUUGCCCUCCCUCUGCGCCCCACGUCGGGCUUGCGGAUCAAAAUGGCGAAAGGGGGGUAGCCGGCACCGACCCUGAAGCGAUGGGGCACGCAGGUGGGGCAGUUGUCGGAGUACUCUGACGUGGACUCCGGGCUUGUCUCGGCGAUUUGACCUGGCGACCUCCGGCCGGCGCCCAGCAGGUCAGACCACGGACUCCGCGGGUCUCCGCGGGCCCGGUCGAGAGCCGGAGGCGAUGGAUGAACAGAGCGUGGAGAGCAUUGCUGAGGUUUUCCGAUGUUUCAUUUGUAUGGAGAAAUUGCGGGAUGCACGCCUGUGUCCUCAUUGCUCUAAGCUUUGUUGCUUCAGCUGCAUUAGGCGCUGGCUGACAGAGCAGAGAGCUCAGUGUCCUCAUUGCCGUGCUCCACUCCAGCUGCGAGAACUGGUAAACUGUCGUUGGGCUGAAGAAGUCACACAACAGCUUGAUACUCUUCAACUUUGCAGUCUCACCAAACAUGAAGAAAACGAAAAGGACAAGUGUGAAAAUCACCAUGAGAAACUUAGCGUAUUUUGCUGGACUUGUAAGAAGUGUAUCUGCCAUCAGUGUGCACUUUGGGGAGGAAUGCAUGGUGGGCAUACCUUUAAACCUUUGGCAGAAAUUUAUGAACAGCACGUCACUAAAGUGAAUGAAGAGGUUGCCAAACUUCGUCGACGUCUUAUGGAACUGAUCAGCUUAGUUCAAGAAGUGGAAAGAAACGUAGAAGCUGUAAGAAAUGCAAAAGAUGAACGUGUUCGGGAAAUUAGGAAUUCAGUUGAGAUGAUGAUUGCACGGUUAGAUACACAGCUGAAGAAUAAGCUUAUUACGUUGAUGGGUCAGAAGACAUCUUUAACACAAGAGACAGAACUGUUGGAAUCCUUACUUCAAGAAGUAGAACACCAGUUGCGAUCUUGUAGUAAGAGUGAGUUAAUAUCCAAGAGCUCAGAGAUUUUAAUGAUGUUUCAGCAAGUUCAUCGAAAACCCAUGGCAUCGUUUGUUACCACUCCUGUACCACCAGAUUUUACCAGUGAAUUAGUGCCAUCUUAUGAUUCUGCAACUUUUGUUUUAGAGAAUUUCAGCACUUUACGCCAGAGAGCAGAUCCUGUUUACAGUCCACCUCUUCAAGUUUCAGGACUUUGCUGGAGGUUAAAAGUUUACCCAGAUGGAAAUGGAGUUGUACGUGGUUACUAUUUAUCUGUGUUUCUGGAACUCUCAGCUGGAUUGCCUGAAACUUCUAAAUAUGAAUAUCGUGUAGAGAUGGUUCACCAGUCCUGCAAUGAUCCUACCAAAAAUAUCAUUCGAGAAUUUGCAUCUGACUUCGAAGUUGGAGAAUGCUGGGGCUAUAAUAGAUUUUUCCGUUUGGACUUACUUGCAAAUGAAGGAUACUUGAAUCGACAGAAUGAUACAGUAAUACUAAGGUUUCAGGUACGUUCACCUACUUUUUUCCAAAAAUGCCGGGACCAACACUGGUAUAUUACUCAGUUGGAAGGUGCACAAACAAGUUACAUACAACAAAUAAACAAUCUUAAAGAGAGACUUACCAUUGAACUAUCUCGAACUCAGAAAUCAAGAGAUUUAUCACCACCAGAUAAUCAUCUUAGCCCCCAAAAUGAUGACACUCCUGAUGCUCGAGCUAAGAAGUCUGGGUCAUGCUCUGACAUUCUUCUUGAAGGUGGUUCUACUGCAGCUUGUCUAAGAGAGGCCAAAGAGGAUGACGAAGAUGAGGAGAAGAUUCAAAAUGAAGAUUACCAUCAUGAGCUUUCAGAUGGAGAUCUGGAUCUUGAUCUUGUUGGUGAAGAUGAAGUAAAUCAUCUUGAUGGCAGCAGUUCUUCUGCUAGUUCCACAGCAACAAGUAACACAGAAGAAAAUGACAUUGAUGAAGAAACUAUGUCUGGAGAAAAUGAUGUUGAAUAUAACAACAUGGAGUUGGAAGAGGGAGAACUCAUGGAAGAUGCAGCUGCCGCAGGACCUCCAGGGAGUAGCCAUGGCUACAUGGGUGCCAGCAGCAGAAUGUCACGAAGAACACAUUUAUGCUCUGCUGCUACCAGUAGUUUAUUAGACAUUGAUCCCCUAAUUUUAAUACAUUUAUUGGACCUUAAGGACCGGAGCAGCAUGGAAAAUUUAUGGGGUUUACAGCCUCGCCCACCUGCCUCACUUUUACAGCCUACAGCAUCAUAUUCUCGAAAAGAUAAAGAUCAAAGGAAGCAGCAGCAGGCAAUGUGGCGAGUGCCAUCUGAUUUAAAGAUGCUAAAAAGACUGAAAACUCAAAUGGCUGAAGUUCGAUGUAUGAAAACUGAUGUAAAGAAUACUCUUGCAGAAAUAAAGAGCAGCAAUGUUGCUUCUGGAGAUAUGCAGACAAACCUUUUUUCUGCUGAUCAGGCAGCUCUGGCUGCAUGUGGAAGUGAAAGCUCUAGCAGAUUACAGGAUUUGGGAAUGGAGCUCCUGGCAAAGUCAUCAGUUGCCAGUUGUUAUGUACGAAACUCCACAAAUAAGAAGAGUAAUUCACCUAAGCCUGCUCGGUCCAGUAUAGCAGGUAGUCUGUCACUUCGAAGAGCAGUGGACUCUGGGGAAACCUGUCGUUCAAAGGGAGACUGUCACACUCUAUCCGAAGGCUCCCCAGGAUGCUCUCAGUCUGGGAGCAGGCACAGUUCUCCCCGAGCCUUGACACAUGGUAUUAUCAGUGAUAUUGUGCCCAAAACAGAAGAACGGCAAUGUAAAGCUUUGGAUUCCCGUGCUGUUGUGGUUGCAGUUUUCAAUGGCCUACCUGCUAUAGAGAAAAGGAGGAAAAUGGUUGCUUUGGGGGCUAGUGCUAAAGGAGGUCGCCUGGAAGGAUUGCAGGUGACUGAUUUGGAAAAUAAUUCUGAAACUGAAGAGUUGCAGCCUGUGCUACCUGAAGGAGCUGUAGCUGCCCCAGAGGAAGGAAUGAGUAGCGACAGUGACAUUGAAUGUGACACUGAGAAUGAAGAGCAGGAAGAGCACGCGAGCAUGGGUGGAUUCAACGACUCUUUCAUGGCACAGCCCCCAGAUGAAGGUACACAUUCCAGUUUUCCUGAUGGUGAACAAAUAGAUCCUGAAAAUCUCACCUUCAAUACUGAUGAAAACAAUGGAAGAUAACUUGAUUUGAAACUGGCACUGCACCUGUUGGGUUAUUAACAAGAUCUAGGCUUCAGAAAAUGACAGAAGAGUGAGGUCCAUGCAUGG